AGGUCGCCGGUGUGCCUGGCCGCCCUCCACGCCGGCGCCCUGCAGGCUGGGGAGGACAAAAAGGUCUUCUUCACGCCCCUGGAGGUCACCGAGAGCUUCGUGGGCACGGUCCGCAAUCGCGUCGUCUCGCAAAACAAGGACGUGGAGCCUGGUCAACCUCAACGCGCCUUCUCCUUCCCUGGCGGUUCCUCAAACUCUUCCUCAGGCGAGGGCGGUAUUGAGGGCAAACUUCUGCCCAACGUUAGUGCCGCGCCCUCCCACACAGCCCCAGAUACUCCCACCCCCACUGUGCUGACCGUGACUAAGAGUGUGAUCGAGGAAUUCACCAGGGAAAAUGUCCCUGAAAAUGUGACUGUGUAUCAACUUCCAGCACCAGCAGAGGCUGGUGGAGUGACGAAAGCCUUGAAGAACCUGACGCAUCAAGACGCUGCCCUUAAUGCCUAUGAAGUCAAAAACGCCACUGACUCAGUCAAGUAUUAUGGCAGACUCGUCGUGAGAAGUUGUCCCAAACAUCGCUAUGGUAUUGGCUGUGCUCAGUGGUGCCCGGACUGCCUCAACACAGGCGAAUGUCACCCUCGCUCCGGAGGCUGUGUCUGUGCCCCUGGCACCCAUGGCAACCGUUGCCAGGACUACUGCGGCAGGGGCCGCUACGGUGACGACUGCAGUAAGAACUGCUCUGCUGAGCUCCGGGGCAGGGAACGAGCUGACCUUCCCAUAUGCGACGGGCUGACCGUCUGCACCCACGACCUGCAAGGCUGCUCCUGUCUUCCUGGAUUCAUGAGACCUUACUGCAACAUAGAGCUCUUCCCUCGUCCUCGCAACUUACCGCGUUUCCGGGCUGCGCCAUCCGUGUCCUGCGACGGCCUCACGUGCACAGUUGCGCCAAAAGCCUGGUCCCCCAGCGCGGACGAAGGCUUUCUGGACUCGGGCACUAAUGUUACAGGGUAUCGGCUGCAGGUAAAGAACUUGAGUAGCUCAACGGCUGCAUGGGAGACGCAGCUAACAGGUGGGUCACUGUGUCAACGUGCUUCUUAG